AUGGCGGAUUUCUCGAGUUCGGUGAACGGGAUGGAGAAGCUCAACAACUUCAAUUAUAAUAAUUGGAGUACCCGCAUGCGGUAUUAUUUUCUUGGACAAGAUUUAUGGGAUAUCGUUGGCGACAACAACACCACACCACCCACAAAUGAUAGUGAUUUAAGAAAGUGGAACGUCGAAUCAGGUAAGGCUCUUUAUGUUCUUGCCGUAACUGUUGAAGAUGAAUUGUUGCAACACAUAAAGAGUGCGAAGACCCCGAGUGAGGCCUGGGAUAACUUGGCGACGCUGUUUGCAAGGACAAAUGAUGCCAAGUUACAAUGCCUGGAGAACGAGCUCCUCUCAGUCUUGCAACAAAGUAUGACGGUAAGUCAAUACUUUUCUAAAGUUAAAUCUAUUUGCGAAGAAAUUUCAAAAUUAGAUCAUCAGAACGCCAUCUCUGAGACAAGAAUGAGAAGAAUAAUAAUUCACAGGUUAAGGCCGGAGUAUAACGGUAUUGUUACGGCCACCCGUGGAUGGGUAAAUGAGCCAAUUCUAACAGAGUUGGAAAAUAUAUUGGCCAAUCGAGAGGCCUUAGAUAAACAAAUUCCUAAGGUGACAAUUAAAGAGGAUGAAAGUGCCCUCUUCAGUAACAAAAGAGGGUUCAAGGGCCAGAAUAGAAAUAGAGCAGGUGCAAGAGAUGGCAAACCAUGGAAAAUCAUGGAGAUUGGCGGAGGCAACCAGAAGAGAAGGGUUAUCAGCUAG